UGCGGGUUGGUGGUGUGGUUCCGUGUAUUGGUCACGCAUGAUACAUUCUUAAGAACAAGAGACAUCUAUUGACUUGUUUUGCCGUGUACAGGAAGAAGAAGAAAAAGCUGCCGAGGACUCCACACCAAAUGACGACCGAGAAGAUGUUGCUUUAUCUGCCUCCGAAGAUGCUAAGCCCGCCAAAAGGACAAAACAAGAGAAAACAUCAGCGUCAAGAAAACGCCGUAAGACCGCCGCGGAAUCGGAUGACGAAAACGCAGCUAGCGAGUCAGACGAAGAUGAGGUAGAGAAGCCCACCAAGAAACAACCCAAGGGAACGCAGAGGAAGCCGUCGCCGAAGCCAUCGCCAAAGCCCUCAGAGGAGUACGUGCGGGAUGAGUCCGAUAGCGAGAAUAACGAGGAGGCCACAACGGAGGUCAACCAAACGCGGAAAGACGACUCCGAGAGCGAGAUGUCGGUGGUUCUGGACGAGGAGCCCAAGCCCAAGCCCAGUCGCAAACGACAGAAAAGCGCCGACGCACCCUCAAAAAAGACUAAGAAACAGACAACGGCGAAGGGUAAAGAUGCAGAUAUCGACCCCAACCAAGCAGAGAUCAAGCGACUGCAGGGUUGGCUACUGAAGUGUGGCAUUCGCAAGAUGUGGGCACGGGAGCUGGCUCCCUACAGCACGCCCAAGGCGAAGAUCAAUCACCUCAAGGGCAUGCUGAAAGAAGCGGGCAUGGAAGGGCGCUACUCGGUCGACAAGGCCAAUCGAAUCCGUGAGGAGCGCGAACUCAAGACUGACCUGGAGAUGGUCCAAGAGGGGGCCAAGCGAUGGGGUAAAGAAGACGCCAGUGAAAACAGUGACGACAGUCGACCAAAACGGCGGCUGAAUCGCGGGCGCAAGAGUCUAGCCUUUUUAGAGAGCGAGGGUGAGGAAACAGACUGAUAGCGGAUGACGGUUGCUGGAUGUUUAGCUGUCGCAGUAUCUGCCUGGAGCAGGCUGUGGAUCGUAAUGACGUUCGAGGUAAUUGAAUAAUCUUGAGAGCAAUUCCAUCUCUGUUGGCUCAUCUUUCUUCAUUUCCCCGACUUUGUUCCGCCCAUGCGUUGAGCCACCAAACUGAAAACCGCGACGGAGGAGAUGAACAGGACGAGGUUGUAAAACGCAGUUCUAGAGUGCUCGUUCUCUUCGGCUUCUGUUCUGGCCUCGACGAACAGGCGUCGGAGAUUGGGGAGGUUUGCCAUGAUGUUCGGUAGCUCGGUGGACAACAGAAGAAAGGUGGA